AUGCUACUUCUUACCCCGGAGCGCCGGCCGCCGGCCCGGCUCGGUCCCGACCAGCCCCUGUUCGUCCGCGAGGUGGGCGUCUCGACCUCGGCCGACCCGCUGUCCGUGGCGGUGACGCUGAGGGUGGCCGCCUGCGCCAACCAGCUACCCCUCAUCCGAGUGGCCGGAACCAACGCCAUCGCUACCGGCGACACGUCCACUCUGGACCGCCUGGCGAUGACGGCCGACGGCUGGGGCGACGGCGCCGUCACCAACGUGCGAAACGUCAGCGCCUCGCCGCCGCCGGCCGGCUCCUGGGACAUCGCCUUCAACGGAACGACCGUACAGGGCGUUCCGACCAACCUGACCUCGGAGGGUAUGACGCUGCUGCUGUCGACCCGUCUGUCUCUGCCGGGCCUGGUGGCGCAGCGGUGGGGCGAGUGCGACAAAUACCACUGGAACGUGGUGUUUAAACACCACGGCGGCCGCCAGCCGGGCAUCGCGCUGGACGGAGCCGACAUCCAGUUCCAGGGCGACAACCUCCACGUGGGCGUGUGGAAGCACCCGACGAGCGGUGACGGCCGGGUGACCCACGAGGUGCUGCCGGCCGACCUGACGCGGCUGCCGCGCCCGGCCGCGGGCCGCCAGCUCCGGGUCGCCGUCAGAGGCGUCACCGGACAGUGCGCCGCUGAUGACGACUGUGACGUCACCUUUGACGGCGGUCCGAGCCCCGAGAUGACGGCCGUCAGCGCCGAGACCGACGAUGCCUCCGGUGACACCACGAUAACGGUCACCGGCGCCAACCUCGGCACUUCUGCCGACGGUGUGCGGGUGGCCCUGGCGGGGCCGCUGGGGGAGCGGGAGCGGGCCUGCCCGGCCAGCGCCGCCGCCGGCUCAGAGCUCACCUGUACGGUGAAGGCGCUCCAGGCCGGGCGGUAUACAGUGGCGGUGACCGUCAGCGAUACAGGCCUGGCCUCCGGCUCCGGUGAGGUGUCGGUGGCGCCGCGCCUGUCGUCCGUCUCUCCCUCGGAGGGCAGCCGGCGCGGAGGGACCGUGCUCACCGUGCGGGGUCAGCGCCUGCCGCCCUCCGUCGCCGGCUGGAGGGACGGCCGGGUGACGGUCGGCACGGCCGACUGUGAGGUCACAGAGUCCAGCUCCACGGCCGCCAGCUGCCGGAUUCGCGGCGACGUGGGAGCUGCCGGGUCGGCGGCGGACGUGACGGUGACCUUUGGUGACCGGUCAGCCGCCCUGGAGGCCGCCUUCACCACUCUGUCAACUAACGCGGCCCUCACCGGCCUCAAUGUCACCACCGCCAGCGCCGCAGGCGGCGAAUACCUGGGCAUUACGGGCAGCGGGUUCGGCCGGCGCCGCGCCGACCAAUCAGUGGCCGUGGGCGGGGCCUCGUGUAACGUCACCAGCUGGACGGACACGCUGAUUGGCUGCCGUCUGCCGCCGCUGGGUCACGGCGAGCACACGGUCGAGGUCAACAGAGGUCAACUCGGGCUGGCCGAUAACAGCGCUGUCGGCCCCAUCUCGGUCACGUUCCGUGUGACGGACGUGUCGCCGCGCCUGGUCUCGGCCGCCGGCGGGGCGCUGGUCCGGCUCCGCGGCGCCGGGCUGGCCGCCGACUGUGGCCGGCUCGAGGUCAGCGCCGGAGACCUGUUCACCUGUGACCCCUUGACCUGUGACGAUACUGAGGUCAGGUGCGCCCUCCAGCGCCGCCGGCGGAGACACGUCAUCAGCAACAACGUCACUCAUCCGCGCUACGGCACCGGGUUUCUGUGGGAGCCGCAGCAGCUGACGGUGGCCCCCGGUGACCUGGUGACUUGGCGCUGGGCGCCGGGUCAGGUCAGCUCCGGAGCCGUGGGGUUCGCCGUCCACCAGACAGCCAGCCAGGACACGGACCAGUACAUGGAGGGAGGCUUCAACAGCGGGGAGAAGACCCAGCAGGGCUCGUUCACGACAAUGCUGGAGGACAUUGGCAGUGUGUUCUACUCGGGCCCCCCGGCCGGGCUGAACGUGCCACGUAUGCGCGGAGUGAUCACUGUGGCGGCGCCGCCAGUCGGAGAGAGCCCCAUCUCUGUCCGGCUGGGGACCGUGGAGGCAGUGCACGAGCCGGCCACAGAGGACGUUCCGGCGUUCGAGCCGUCCGACCUGUGCUCGCCGGACGCCGGGCCCGACUCGUGUGCCGCUCCAGAGGACCCCCUGGUGGUCCGGUCAGCUGACUGCGUCACGCCGCGCGUCACAAACGUCACUGUCACUCAGGGAGGCGACGGGGGCUUGCUGUCGGCUGAGUCAGAGCUGACCAUCUCCGGCUCGGGUUUCUCGACGACCGUCUGCCACAACCGGGUGAUGAUUGGCGCCGGCCCGUGUGACGUCACGGCGGCCACGGCCAAUCAGCUGACGUGCCGGCCGGUUUCCUCUGCCGGCCUGCCGCACGGCCCCGGCCAGCCGCUCACACUGACCGUCGCCAAUAGGGGAUCAGCGGUGAUUGACGUGGCGGCGUCUCUGAAGUACUUCCGGUGGGAGCCGACCGUUUCCGGUGCGUCUCCGGCCAGCGGCUCCCCGACGGGAGGCACCCUGCUCAGAAUAACGGGCACGGGCCUGCUCUCCGGCUCUGCGGACGCGCCUCCUCGUGUGACGGUCGGCUCGGCGCCCUGUGUGGUCCAGCAGGUCACCCUAUCCGAGCUGACCUGCCGGACCCCGCCCGGAGUCGCCGGGGACCCCCAGCCGGUCACACUGCUCUGGCAGGACGCCGAGGGACAGAUCAGGACUAUCGGCAACAUGACGUUCACCUAUGACGCGACCAAGACACCGACCCUGUCCUCCGCUGAGCUCACCUCUGGCGCUCAGCGGACGCUGACCCUCUCCGGGGCUCAGCUCGGCACCGACCCGGCCAAAAUCAGCGUGCGGCUGGUCCCCCGCUCUGCCGAGAGGAGGAAGAGAGAGGUCGGAGAGGAGACACCCGAUGACGUCCGUCCGGGAGACGAUGACGCACCCGUGCCGAAUCUGGAGGACGUCAUCAGCCUGGAUGACGGCGCUGAAGAAGAGCCGGCGGUGGCGGCCGCGCGCCGCGAGGACGCCGCCUUCUGGCGCCGUUUCUGUCAUGGCGACUGUGACAGUUUCGGCGCGUUUGUGACGAGCGGCCAGCUGCGCUCCGCCGGCUCCGGCCCGGCCGUCCCCGUCACCGGAGCGGCGGUACCUUCAGCGGCCUCCGAACCCGAGCAGGACUUUGUUGAGCUCACCCCGGAGUACGUGAGUGCGCUGCACGAGGUGGCGCGGGGCGGCGGCCGCGCUCGGAGGCGGGUCCACCUGCUGCGGCGCCGGCGGCGGUCCGUCUCUGCCGACUCGGCCGCCCAGGAGCUGACCUGUGACUCCGUGACCGUCACGGACGCCGGCGUGACCUGCCAGCUGCCGGACGACCUCUCCGGCUCGUUUGACGUCGCGGUGCAGGUGGCCGACCUGGGGACCACGGACGGUACCGUCACAGUGGCCGUCACACCCUCUGUGACCACCGCCAGCCUGCCGGCCGGCUCUCAGCACGGUGGGGCGCGGAUCCGGCUGGACGGAGCCGGGUUCGGCGAGGACGUCUCGGUCACUAUCGGCGGAUCCGAGUGCACCGUGAGUGCCCGGAGUGCCACCAGCGUGGAGUGCCUGACGCCGGCCGGUGAGCUGGGCACUCAGCCGGUGGUGGUGAGCUCCGCGGGUCAGUCGGUGAACGGGCCAGAGUACACGUACUCGGCCGACAGCACGCCCGUCAUCACAGUGGUCAGCAGCGCGGACAGCUCGGAGACGACGGUGGUGUCUGGUCAGGGCACGGCGCUGGGCUCGGCAGCCGGCUCGUACCUGACGGUCGGCGGACGGCGGUGUGCCGUCACCGCGCUCCAGGACACCGAGUUCUCCUGCGAGCUGGAGUCGCACCUGCCGGGCGGUCAGCACCUCGUGACGUUCCACGCGCCGGAGGGGGGCGGUGACUCGGCUCCCGCCGACCUCACCGUAUCACUGGAGGUCACAGCAGUGGCGCCCGCAGCAGCUGGCCUGACGGGCACCACGCUGACGAUCACUGGCGGCAAAUUCGACACGGUGUCACCGGUCAGUGUCACCGUGUGUGACACGCCGUGUCAGGUGACCGGUGUCACCAGCACCACUGUCACCUGUCUAGCCCCGUCCGUCACCGAGGCGCCGGCGGCGGCCUGUGACGUUGUAGUGACGUUGACGGGCGGCGCGUCAGUAUCAGCUUACGCCGCGUUCACGUAUGACGGCUCGCUGACGGCGUCAGCCACGUCAGUGACGCCGACCCGGGGCAGCACCGCCGGGGGUACCACCAUCACUGUCACUGGCUCCGGCUUCGCGGAGACCGGUAACGCUGUCACCAUUGACGGCGUGACGUGUGACGUCACCAGCGAGAGUGCGACCUCAGUGACGUGCGUCACCAACGGCCACGUCGGGCCGGGAGUCUUCAGCGUCAUGGUGGACGUGCCCGGCAUCGGAUUUGCCCAGCCGGCGGAGGGCGCUCAGUUCCAGUACGUGGACCGGUGGUCGUCGCCUUUCACCUGGGGCGGCUCCGACCCGCCUUCUGACGGACAGUCUGUCAGCAUCACCGCCGGACAGACCAUACUGCUGGACACCAGCACGCCAGUGCUGAGACUCAUACUGAUUGACGGCGGUGAGCUGAUUUUCGACCCGGACGCUCCGUUCCUGGAGCUGAACGCCGAGUACAUUGUGGUGGUGGGCGGCGGGCGGGUGCAGAUCGGCACCGAGGAGAGCCCCCACCAGGGACAGGCGGCCAUCACACUGCACGGAAACGUCCGCGCCACCGAGCUGCCCGUCUACGGAGCCAAGGUUCUGGCCGUCCGUAACGGCACGCUGGAACUGCACGGCCGGCCGCUGGACGUGACGUGGACGUACCUGGCCAGCACGGCCGCCGCCGGCGCCACGUCCAUCACGCUGGACCGGGCCGUCGGCUGGGCCGUGGGAGAUGAGAUCGUCAUCGCCACCACCGGAGACAAGUUCUCCAUGGGCGAGUCGGAGAAGCGCGUCAUCUCGGCGGUUUCCGAGGACGGCCUGACGCUCACCCUGGACACUCCGCUGGCGUUCGAGCACAUCAGCUCGGAGCAAACGUUCGCCGGGCAGACGGUCCGUAUGCGUGCGGAGGUCGGACUGCUGACCCGCAAUGUGAAGGUGCGCGGCUCGGUAAAUGAUGAGUUCACAGAGGAGGUGCGGGCCUGUGCCGCCGGCUUCCAGCCAGGCCAGUUUGACGUGCAGACGUGUUUCCACGGCCGGUACGGCGCCGAGACGGUCACCGAUCAGUUCGGAGCCACCGUCAUGAUACACGCCAAGUACCAGAACCAGCACCUCGUCACCGGCCGCAUCGAGUAUGUCGAGGUCACCGAGGCCGGGCAGGCGUUCCGUCUGGGCCGUUACCCGAUUCACUUCCAUCUGAACGGGAACGUGACGGGCUCGUACGUGCGGGGCUGUGCCAUCCACCGCACCUACAACCGGGCCGUCACCAUCCACGCCGUGGACUAUCUGCUCGUGGAGCACAACGUGGCGUACAACACCAUGGGUCACGCAUUCUUCACCGAGGACGGCAUCGAGGCCUACAACGUGAUCCAGUACAACCUGGCCGUGUUCACGCGGACAUCGUCCUCCCUGCUGAACGUGGACGUCACGCCCGCCUCCUACUGGGUCGUCAACCCCACCAACAUCGUCAGACAUAACGCGGCGGCGGGCGGUAGCCACUUCGGUUACUGGUACCGCACGGAGGCCCACCCGAGCGGGCCGAGCUUCACCACCAGCUACUGUCCCAACCACGCGCCCAUGGGAGAGUUCUACAACAACAGCGCCCACUCCUUCGGAAGGUACGGCCUGUGGGUGUUCUCAAUGGACGGCUACUUCCCUCUGAGCGGCGGUGAGGACACGUGCACCGGACAACCGGACGUGGCCCGCUUCGGACAGUUCCUGGCCUGGCGCUGCGAGCGAGGGGCAGAGGUCGUACUCGGAGGCGCCCUACGUUUUGAGAAUUUCACCGUGGUGGAUAAUGAGAUGGCCGGACUGGAGAUGGUCAAGGUCAAGGGACCGUUCGGAAACGACGGACCAGGUGUUUUGAACGCUCUAGUAGUCGGUCGCUCAGCGCUGGCCGGCGAAGCCUGCACUGAGAGCGGCAUCAUCACGCCCAAGCAGUACAUCUUCAGCGUGGACGGCGCCACGUUCGUCAACUUUGACGGCGCGUGCACGGCGCUGACAGCCUGCUCGCAGUGCAAGCCGGAGCAGGGCGGCUUCCACCACCAGUUCCGCCGGGUCGUCUACGACAACGCGCCGAAUAAGAUGAAGUGGAAGUGGACGCACGAGAGCGUGUUCCACGACACGGACGGCUCUCUGAGCGGGGAGGAGGACGGCGUGGUGCUGCCCUGGACGGACAUCCUGCCGGCCGACCGCUGCACCAGGGGCCUGGCCGGCUUCGACCUCAACCCCGCGGUGGUGACGGCCGUGUGUGACUCCUCCGUCUCCAUCCACCGAAUGGCGUUCAACCAGCCCACGCCCUCCAGCCUGCUGUACAAGGCCGUCAACUUCACCUCCCGCCACGGCACGGCCACGGCCAACUGGCAGAAGAAGCGUCUGACACACCCCUCGGGCUGGAUGGCGCUGCUCGUCGGCGGCGAGACGCACAACCUUCAGUUCGCCGACUCUGACCAGCUGACCAACAUAUCGUACACGGCGCGGUUCUACUUCCUGAAGCCGGAGGACCGGCUGGCCGUAUCCCACUCGAUGCUGCAGCGGCCCGACCGGCUGCAGGCGGGCGGCGCGCCCUCCAACGGCUCCGGGCCACCGCUGGACUUCAGCGCCGGCCGGCACGGCGACAUUCACUGGGACAACGACACCUACACCAUGUCCUACAUGGUUGCCGGUCAGACCCGCUCUCGGCGCGCGGCCGGUCCGUUCGAGGACCGCGACAAGGGCGCGCAGCGGGACGUCCGUCUGGUGGUGGAGCGGUGCUUCUUCGAGGGCUGUGUGCCGCCGCCGGCUCCGACGGUGCCGACCGGCCGGCCCGACACCGUGCAGCUGUGGUCGCAGGCCGCUGACGGACAGUGGGCCGUGCCCGGGGAGAUGGAGGACGUCACAAUCCCCGCCGACCUGUGGGUGCUGACCGCUGUGACUGUGUUUCAGACCUGUGGAUGCUGA